GGUCAUCGGCUGAGACGAGCAGCAAGCUCCUGCGGCCGUGUCCUCUACCGUCACUCGUCAAGAUCGGCGCGUGCGUCGGAGCGAAUUCACGCCUUCGCGCAGCCAGCAGUGGAAACGACGCAAUGCUUCGGACUGUGCUGGUAGCGCGAAACGAACUGGGCCGUGCCCCUAGUCGCUGCAAGCGUUUCACCCGAGCCGCCAGCGUGCUCUGCCUGGAAAGGAGGGACGUAAAUCCCACCAGCCGGCUGAUCGUACAGAGCCCUAGGAUCCUCCUGAAACCGAAGUUCAAGGAUGGCGUCACGCGACGUAUGUACAGUGCAGAUUUGCCCCGGCAUUUACGAGUACAGCUGCCAGCGCUGUCGCCGACCAUGGAGAUGGGCACCAUAGUGAGCUGGGAAAAGAAAGAGGGUGACAAGCUGGGUGAGGGAGACCUGCUGUGCGAAAUUGAGACAGACAAGGCCACGAUGGGCUUCGAGACGCCAGAGGAGGGAUACCUGGCCAAGAUCCUUAUCCCCGCUGGCACUAAGGACGUGCCACUCGGGAAGCUCCUAUGCAUUCUGGUUUACAACGAGGAGGAUGUUGCUGCUUUCAAAAGCUUCGUUGAUGACGGUGCCGCCGCCCCGCCCCCACCAAAGGCAGCCGCUGCACCCCCACCUGCUGCAGCUCCGACCCCAGCGGCAGCACCUCCGCCACCUGCACCGUCAGUGCCUGCUGCUCCAGCAGCCGCCCCAACAACGGGCCUGGGUGGUCGCCUUUUUGCUAGCCCCCUGGCGAAGCGACUUGCUUCAGAGCAAGGCAUCAACCUGGCUCAAAUACCUGCUGGAAGUGGGCCGGGAGGAAGAAUUGUAGCUCAGGAUUUGGCUUCUGCCACAGCCAUGCCAAGGGCAGCAGCGGCAGGAGGUGUUGCAUCAAAAUACGAGGACAUAUCGCUCACCAGUAUGCGUCAGACAAUCGCAAAGCGAUUACUUCAGUCAAAACAGACGAUACCACACUACUACCUCAGCGUUGAUAUCAAGAUGGAUGCCUUACUCAAGCUUCGUGCCGAGUUUAACAAGAUGAUGGAGAAGGAUGGUGUCAAGGUAUCCGUGAACGACUUUGUGAUCAAGGCAACUGCGCUGGCGUCCAAGAAAGUGCCAGCUGCCAACUCGUCUUGGCAAGACACCUUCAUCCGAGAGUACAAGUCUGUAGAUGUGAGCAUGGCAGUGAGCACUCCAGAAGGACUCAUCACACCCAUCGUUUUCAGUGCUGAGAAGAAGGGGCUUGCGGAAAUUUGCCAAGAAACGAAGGCAUUGGCUGCGAAGGCGAGGGAGAAGACAUUGCAGCCUCACGAAUUUCAGGGUGGCACCAUUACAGUGUCAAACCUGGGAAUGUUUGGCGUCAAGAACUUCUCGGCCAUCAUCAACCCACCGCAGGCCUGCAUAUUAGCAGUUGGCUGUACCGAAGACACACUAAUACCAGACGAAGAAAGCAGUACAGGGUACAGGACAGCUAAAGUGAUGUCAGUGACUCUGAGCUGUGACCACCGCGUCGUCGAUGGUGCCGUUGGUGCGCAGUGGCUCCAGCACUUCAAGCGUCUACUCGAGAGGCCACACUUGAUGUUGCUCUGAGCUCGCUUAAUUAAAGUGUGAUGUGUCUGUGUAAUUUAUGCCAUUUAGGUAGAACCGUCGAUAUCUUGCAACCUGCCAUCUCUCCUCUACCAUCCUACCCUAAUCACCAUUCUACCCAGCUGAGGCACUGCGCCCAGGUGCCUGGAAUCGCAGAGAUCAUGUUGCAAUGACUUAAAGAAAAUUUUGUUGAAAUUGUCAAAGGAAAACAUCAGAACACUUCGAGGAAAUCAAGUGAUGGAGCUGGUGUCUUCUGAUAUAGGACAAUGUGCUUGCAGGAAGGUGCUGAUGCCAGUGCUAAUGAUAGAGUGAUUAAAAGGCAAAUAUGUGAACCUCCAA